GGACACCGCCAAGAUCAGUUUGAUGGCUCUCAGUAGUACAGUACACAGCUAGCUAGCCUAGCGCGCUUUAUCUGUAAUAAACAGCGCGGAAUUCGGUGUUUUCUGCUGUUUUGCGCUCUGCUGAGUGAUGGAAAGGGCAUGAACCGAGGAAACCCAGCCAAGGGAAGACGUACAGGGAUUGAAGACCUUCAGCCAAAAAGACCUUCUUGCAGCUUCUGCGAGAGACUGACAACAUGGCAAAAGAUGGUGGACUGAAAGAAACUGCAGAGCUGAAGGUUUUCACCACUCAAAACCUGACUCCUGGAAAAGGUACUGCUGUCCUGUCUCUUGUGACUGUCCACCCUUCAUCAGUUACUGGAGUCAAGCAGAUUGUGCCGAGAACUUUGGGGAGUGCCGGUGUUAAUGUAGUGCAGCACAUGGCGAUUGGCACUCCCCAGAGGCCCAGCGCUCCAGGUGGUGUCCUCCUGACCAGCCCUAGAACACCCAGCGCCCAGUUCCUCACUCCACAGACGCAAGAGUCUUCUCCCUCUCCCUGGUCGAGCGGACGCGGUAGAAAAGGCGACAAGAAUGGAAAAGGCUUGAGGCAUUUCUCCAUGAAGGUGUGCGAGAAGGUUCAGAAGAAAGGAGUCACCUCCUAUAACGAGGUAGCAGAUGAGCUGGUGGCAGAGCUGACUCCUGGAGACAAUAUUUCUCCCGCUGAAGCUCAUGUUUUUGAUCAGAAGAACAUUCGGAGACGGGUAUACGAUGCACUGAAUGUCUUAAUGGCCAUGAACAUCAUUUCCAAAGACAAGAAGGAGAUCAAAUGGAUCGGCUUCCCAACCAAUUCUGCUCAGGAGUGUAAGGACUUGGAAGCUGAGCGGCAGAAACGACUUGAAAGAAUAAAGCAGAAACAGUCUCAACUUCAGGAGCUUAUACUACAGCAAAUAGCCUUCAAGAAUCUGGUAGAAAGAAACAAAUCGGCAGAGCAGAAGAACCACAGACCUCCUCCACCCAACACGGUCAUCCACCUGCCCUUCAUCAUAGUCAACACCAGCAAGAGGACGGUCAUCGACUGCAGCAUCUCGAAUGACAAGUUUGAGUACCUGUUUAACUUCGACAACAUGUUUGAGAUCCAUGACGACAUAGAGGUGCUGAAGCGGAUGGGCAUGGCAUUAGGGCUGGAGUCCGGCAAGUGUUCUCCAGAGCAGCUGAAGAUCGCCCGGUCCUUCGUACCCAAAGCUCUGGAGCCCUACGUAAUCGAUAUGGCACAGGGACCCAUAAGGCAGCUAAAUGGAGGCUUUUUGCAUACGACAGGUGAUAAUGGAGCUGUUCCAACUGUGGCCUCCAGCUCCAACAGUUCAUACCACAGCAGCUCUCGCGAUACCCCAGCGUCCUUCCUGGAGGAUGAGGAUGAGGAAGAAGAGGAAGAAGACUUUGAUGACAAUGAUGACGAAGAUUAACCUCUAUGCCACGUUUUUCUUUUUCUUACCAGUCAUCACUGCCUCCAACUUGUUAGCGUGAGGGUAGGGUUAAACAGAUCAUCUCACACUGUUUCUGGAGAGGUGUCGAGAUUUCUGUUUUGAGGUCUAAAGAAAAAAAAAAAAAAAAAAACAUGAUUUGUUUGUAUAUGCAAGCUCAGCUCAGUGAGUUACGUCUUCACAAUCUCCUAGAGCAAAGUGCGCAGCUGCUUUCUACAGAACCCCAGUGGUGCUUGUGUGAAAUAGAACUUUUUUACCUAGUGUUUAUUUACACCACUAUUUUUGUUCAAUAAACCACAAUUUAGUGUUCUCAUGGAUUCUGUAAAAUAAUUUUUGUUUAAAAAAAUAACAUUUAAUUAAUAAUUGCUUUGAGGCUGAUUUAAUUCUCAUUUAAAUUGUCAUUUUCAUGCUCCAAAGAUGUUCAUUUCAGUUAUCAGAUACUUCUGUUCUUUACCUUCAGUUUAAUGUGUCAGUAUUGUAUACAUUUUGCUUUCUUUUUUCUCCCCCCAUACAGAUGACUAUUUUUGAUACCCUUGGUGUUUUAAAGUAUUUACACCGAACUCAGUGUCGAGCUUUUUGUAAAAGUUUUGUAUUCUCACAGAUCGACAGAUGAGGAAUGAAUCUCAAUCCAGGUUGUUUUAUGUAACAAUUCCAGUUUUUACACUCGUUUUGUUCAGUGGCACAAAUAUGCCGAGGAAAAUCUACCUUUCUUAUGAGUCUCAUAAUUAAACAAAUGUUUAUGAUACAA